GUAGCUGUAGUACUUGUAGUAGCCGUAGUACCUGUAGUACCUGUAGUAGCUGUAGUAGCUGUAGUAGCUGUAGUAGCUGUAGUACCUGUAGUAGCUGUAGUAGCUGUAGUAGCUGUAGUAGCUGUAGUAGCUGUAGUACCUGUAGUAGCUGUAGUACCUGUAGUACCUGUAGUACCUGUAGUAGCUGUAGUAGCUGUAGUAGCUGUAGUAGCUGUAGUAGCUGUAGUAGCUGUAGUAGGUGUAGUACCUGUAGUACCUGUAGUAGCUGUAGUAGCCGUAGUACCUGUAGUAGCUGUAGUAGCUGUAGUAGCUGUAGUACCUGUAGUACCUGUAGUAGCCGUAGUAGCUGUAGUAGCUGUAGUACCUGUAGUAGCUGUAGUAGCUGUAGUAGCUGUAGUACCUGUAGUAGGUGUAGUAGCCGUAGUAGCUGUAGUACCUGUAGUACCUGUAGUAGCUGUAGCAGCCGUAGUACCUGUAGUAGUUGUAGUAGCUGUAGUAGCUGUAGUACCUGUAGUACCUGUAGUAGCCGUAGUAGCUGUAGUAGCUGUAGUACCUGUAGUAGCUGUAGUAGCUGUAGUAGCUGUAGUACCUGUAGUAGGUGUAGUAGCCGUAGUAGCUGUAGUACCUGUAGUAGCUGUAGUAGCUGUAGUAGCUGUAGUAGCUGUAGUACCUGUAGUAGGUGUAGUACCUGUAGUACCUGUAGUACCUGUAGUAGCUGUAGUAGCCGUAGUACCUGUAGUAGCUGUAGUAGCCGUAGUAGCUGUAGUAGCUGUAGUAGCUGUAGUACCUGUAGUAGGUGUAGUACCUGUAGUACCUGUAGUAGCCGUGGUAGCUGUAGUAGCUGUAGUACCUGUAGUAGCUGUAGUAGCUGUAGUAGCUGUAGUACCUGUAGUAGGUGUGGUAGCUGUAGUAGGUGUAGUAGCUGUAGUAGCUGUAGUAGCCGUAGUAGCUGUAGUAGCUGUAGUAGCUGUAGUAGCUGUAGUAGCUGUAGUACCUGUAGUACCCGUAGUACCUGUAGUACCUGUAGUAGGUGUAGUACCUGUAGUAGCUGUAGUAGCUGUAGUAGCCGUAGUAGCGGUAGUAGCUGUAGUACCUGUAGUAGCUGUAGUAGCUGCAGUAGCCGUAGUAGCUGUAGUAGCUGUAGUAGCUGUAGUACCUGUAGUAGCUGUAGUAGGUGUAGUACCUGUGGUAGCUGUAGUACCUGUAGUAGCCGUAGUAGUUGUAGUAGCUGUAGUAGCUGUAGUAGCUGUAGUACCUGUGGUAGCUGUAGUAGCUGUAGUAGCUGUAGUAGCCGUAGUAGCGAUAGCAGCUGUAGUACUUGUAGUACCUGUAGUACCUGUAGUAGCUGUAGUAGCCGUAGUACCUGUAGUAGCUGUAGUAGCCGUAGUAGCUGUAGUACCUGUAGUACCUGUAGUAGCUGUAGUACCUGUAGUAGCCGUAGUAGCUGUAGUAGCUGUAGUACCUGUAGUAGCUGUAGUAGCUGUAGUAGCUGUAGUA